AUGCCUAAACAAGGACAAGUUCUGACAGAGAAAGAGUGUGGACCUGUAAUUGUGAGUUCUUACUGCAUCAACUCCUGGACAGAGGCUGUCACACCUUUACAGAAGGAGAAGCAUCAGCUCCAGAUUAACUGUCAGGCAAGAGCUGCUGUGAUGGUUUAUGACGAUGCCAAUAAAAAGUGGGUGCCAGCUGGUGGUUCAGCUGGGUUCAGCAGAGUUCGUAUAUAUCAUCAUACAGGCAACAACAUGUUCAGAGUGGUGAGCAGGAAGAUUCAGGACCAUCAGGUCGUGAUAAACCGUGCCGUUCCUAAAGGGCUGAAGUACAAUCAAGCUACACAGACCUUCCACCAAUGGUGGGAUGCUAGACAGGUAUAUGGUCUCAACUUUGGCAGCAAAGAAGAUGCCAGGUUCGCAAGUGCCGUGACGCACGCCUUAGAAGUGUUGAAUUCACAGGAAACGGGGCCAACAUUGCCUAGACAAAAUUCACAGCUACCUGCCCAAGUUCAGAAUGGCCCAUCACAAGGAGAAUUGGAAAUUCAAAGAAGGCAACUACAAGAACAGCAACGACAAAAGGAGCUGGAGUGGGAAAGGCUGGAGAGAGAAAGGAUGGAAAGGGAGAGACUGGCGAGGGAGAGGCUAGAAAGGGAAAGGCUGGAGACGGAGCGACUGAAGCAGGAGCAGCUGGAGAGACAGAGAGAAGAGCGGGAGGGGCUGGAGAGACUGGACCGGGAAAGGCCAGAAAGAGAGCCGCACGAGCAGCUAGAAAGGGAGCAGCUGGAAUGCGAGCGAGAGCAAAGAAUAUCAGCUGCUGCUGCCCCUGCCUCUGAGGAGACCCCCGCAUCUGAGCCAGGCUCGCAGGCCGCCUCUCAGCCGGCAGAGACUCCAGCCCAGCAGGGCAUUGUCUUGGGACCACCUGCACCUCCACCCCCUUCUCCACUCCACCAGGUCCUGCCCAGGCAUCAGCCUCACUCCCUCCUCCCCCAGGACCCCCUCCACUCCCUCCACUUCCACCCUCGUCCUUGGGCCUCCACCUCCUCCACCACCGCUUCCUAA